AGUGUUUUUGGGGGUCUCAAAACGGAAAUAUAGAAAAAUAGACCUAGGUCAAGACAUAGAUAAAUAGACAACAAGGAACUGAAUUAGAAAGAAGAAAAAGAGAAACAUGAAAAGGCUCUUUGAAUCUAAUCCAUUUCUCUUCAUCCUCUUUAUAUCUCUCUAACACACUUCCUUUCUCAUAAACCCAUUAUAUCAUCCACUCUUCACCUUCAAUACCCAAAAACAAAACCCAUUUGAAAUCAAUCAAUCACACAAGAGUGAAAAUGGUUACUGGUUGGAGAAAAGCAUUUUGCACAUCAAUUCCUAGAGACAAAGAACCAAAAAUAACAACAGAGAAAAAACAUCAUCAACAUUGUGAAAAUUCCUCAACAAAUCAAAGUCCUAGAAUAACUUCCAAGUUUGGUUUUUUCUCAAACCCAUCAACACCUAGAACUCAAUCUCAACCUUCCUCAACUGGUUCCUCCACUCUUCGUUGCAAAACCUCAAUUUCUUCAACAACUUGUUCUGUUCCUAAUAGUCCUAAACUCCAAUGCAAUAAUCAUAACCCAAAAACCCCUAAAUCAUUCACUAAUCCCAAUUCACCCAAAUCACCUUCAAGUUUCUCAUUUCUCAAAAACACUCUACGCUUAUCCAAAAAUCGAUGUGGAAUAUGUAUGCAAAGUGUGAAAAGUGGUCAAGGAACAGCAAUUUUCACAGCUGAAUGUUCUCACACUUUUCAUUUUCCUUGUAUAUCAACUCACGUGACGAAGCAACCUUUGCACGUGUGUCCAGUUUGUGGUACGAAUUGGAAGGAACUACCGGUGCUUUCAAUUCAACACGAAAAGAACGAAAACAGAGAUUCAAGAAAUUUCAAAGUCUACAAUGAUGAUGAACCUCUUAUGUCACCAACUUCGUUAUCGAGAUUCAAUCCUAUUCCUGAAUCGGAAAACGAAACUGAAGAAGAUGAAGAUGAUGAUAAUGUUCAGUUUCAAGGUUUUAAUGUUAAUCGUUCUUCGCCGGUGGUUAGGAAGAAUCUUGAGGUGUGUUUGUUGCCGGAAACUGCUGUUGUUGCUGCGAAUCGGAAUUAUGAGACUUAUGUUGUUGUUUUGAAGUUGAAAACUCCGGCGCCAGCGCCGGUGAAGGUUUUGCGUCGUGCUCCGGUGGAUGUUGUUAUUGUUCUUGAUGUUGGUGGAGCUAUGUCAGGUCAGAAGCUUCGUUUGAUGAAGAAUACGAUGAGACUUGUGAUUUCUUCUUUGAAUGCUACUGAUCGUUUAUCGAUUGUGGCAUUUUCCGGUGGAUCGAAAAGAUUGUUACCGUUGAAAAGAAUGACCGGUGGUGGACAGAGAUCGGCGCGUCGAAUUGUCGAAGCACUCGCCGCUAUUGAUCAAAUUAGAGACGCUGUUCCAGCGAAGAAUGAUGCGUUGAAAAAGGCAGCAAAAGUUCUUGAAGAUCGCCGUGAAAAAAACCCCGUCGCCUGCAUCGUUGUUCUCUCUGAUAUUGUUGAUUCACGCGCCGUGAACGCGUCGUUUCAGAAAAUAUCACUGGUUUCAUCCACGCGCCUUUCGAACAUGGAAGUUCCAAUUCACGCGGUUCGUUUUCCUAAAGAAAGCGAGUGUACACACGCGCUACCAGAUGAAAUUCUUUCGAAGUGUAUAAACAGUUUAUUAACCGUGGUGGCUCAGGAUGUUAAGAUUCAGUUAAAGAUUGUUUCACGCGCGCGUCCGGUUGAGAUUGCGGCAGUGUACUCACUCGCGGGUAAACCCGCUCCAAUUGAACCGGGUUCAAUUAAAAUUGGUGAUUUAUACGCUGAAGAAGAAAGGGAGUUAUUAUUGGAGCUUAAAGUGCCGGCUGUGUCAGCUGGGUCCCACCAUGUUUUAACAGUUUUAUCUUCUUACCGUGACACAGUAACUCGUGAGAUUGUGAAACCCUUUGAGCAAGCAAUGUUGAUUCCUCGUCCCCACACCGUUCGAUCUUCUCAGAUCGAAGGGCUCAGAAAUUUCCAUGUCACUAUACGAGCCGUAGCCGAGUCUAAUCGGCUCGCUCAACAUAGCGAUGUGUCUGGAGCUUAUCAUUUGCUUUCUUCGGCUCGAGCUCUAUUUUUGCAAUCUACCAAGCCGGUCGAGGAGGAAUACUUGCGUUGGCUUGAAGUUGAGCAAGCUGAGCUUCAAAAGCGUCGAGAGCAACAACGAACUCAAGGGCAAAAUCAAAGGCGGAGGAAUAGUCGCUCCGAGGAGAAAUUAGAGCCGCUUACGCCGACAUCGGCUUGGAGAGCUGCUGAGAGAUUGGCUAAAGUUGCUAUCAUGAGAAAGUCUAUGAAUAGAGUUAGUGAUUUACAUGGCUUUGAGAAUGCAAGAUUUUAGAAUUAGAAGAAAAGAAAAAAAAAAAGACACUAAUUGUAAUUUUAUUUUUAAAUUUUAUAUAUUUUUGUGCAUAGGGAAAAAUAUUAUAAUAGAAAUUUUUAUUUUUGAUGGA